GACGAACGGAUUUCGUCCCAAAUUUGCCCUAAUAUUCCCGAUCCAUUCCAAAAUUCCCUAUCUCCUCUUCUCUUCUCAACUCGGUGACGGCAGCAGCGCGUAAUCCCUCUUCUUCGUCGAUGUCUCCGGCAGGUAAGUUUCAUUACUCUCCCCUCACCUCUCCGGCAUUUUCGGCACACUGCGGCCAGCCGUGCCUCGUCGGCGCGGCUGGCCUUGCACGGCAACUGCGGGGCGCUGGAUCUGGCCUUGGCUGGCCCGCUGGCGACCAGGGUCGGCCACCGGUGGCCCAGGCGGCUGCUGGUUGGCCAGGAGGGCCGCUGGCGGCCGAUCGCCGCCCCUUGGGCCGCUGUGGCCCCCUGGCCGCUACCAGGCCGGGGUGGCCGCUGCCGGCCCCUAGGUGCACCGAAUGCAUACUGCCUUCAGGGACUAUGAGAGGAGUUACGACGCCCACAUCGCAGGGUCACUUCACUAUGCCAGUGACACUUUCUCAGAGAGGAUGUCGGACCUCGCCCACGCUGUCAAGGGCAAGGACACCCUAGUCUUUCAUUCCGCCCUCAGCCAGGUCGCCCCUUUUCUUCUCUUGUCAAUUGUUGUGGCUGGCGCAUUGGUGGUCAACUCCACUGCUGUGCGUGGUGGUUUUAGGUGCGUUUACGCACCGGGAUUCACUGGAGAUGGUUUUGCUGGGGGCACUGGAUGUCUUAAAUGUGAGAUUGCUGGACUCGAGUCAUUAUUUAUAUUCACUGCCUUACAUUCCAAUACAACAAACAAACAAAAAGAAAGCAAUGAUCCUCAAGAUGAGAAUGACAUAGGGUGCUACAAGGGGAGGUUUUGCAUAAAAAGAAUGGUUAUUCUUGCUGAUACAAUCUUGCCUAAGAUUGAAAGUAACAAGUUUCCUGAGAUUGUGGAUCCAACAUGUGCAGACAACAUGUGCAGCAAUAGCAGAAUAAAGCCUAAACUAGAGAAUACAAACUAGAACAUAUCAGAGAUGACCAUUCAUCGGAGAUGUGUAUUCCUUUUGAGGUAUUGUAUGCAUGAAAGAAGUUUGAAGGUGAUUGUGUUGAAGGCAACCGGACAAGCAAUCAAAAAAGUUGUAGCUGCUAUUGGAAUUAUCAAGGAAAAGAAGAAAGGAAAAGAAGGCGAAUGAAGCUCGGGAUGAUGAUUUGUAUUGUCCUUUUUUUUUUUUUGCUUUGGAUGUCUUGUUAGAUUUGUUGUUUGGAUUAUGACUUGUUGACCUUUGUAUGUUGCAUAUUAUAUGACUUGUUUGGAUAUUGUUUAUUUGUGUAUGAAUAUGAUGUGUUUAAUUUUGAA